AUGAUGCAACGUGUCUUUCGUGGCAAGCUGCAGAGUAAUGAUGAGGUCACCAUAAAAUACAAAGAUGAAGAUGAUGACCUCAUUACUAUCUUUGACAGUUCAGACCUCACUUUUGCUAUCCAAUGUAGUAGGAUAUUGAAACUGACAUUGUUUGUAAAUGGUCAACCCCGGCCACUGGAGUCAAGUCAAGUUAAGUAUUUACGCCGGGAACUUAUUGAACUUAGAAAUAAAGUCAACACACUUUUGGACAGCCUGGAACCUCCAGCAGAACUGGGUCUGGCUCCAGCUGCCCCAGACAGUGAAACGGUAGAUGGUCGUGAAGGUAAAGUGGUAGCAGCUGAUCCGUCAGGGAAACACGGCCCUCCAGUGAGUGCAGCGAGCAUGUCUGCCUUCGACCCGCUGAAAAACCAAGAUGAAGUCAACAAGAAUGUUAUCUCAGCUUUUGGCCUAAAUGAAGAUCAGGCUCCAGCUCAUCCAUCAGUUGCUCCAGAAGAUCGGUCAGCGACACCUGACAGCAUCGCCUCUUCAUCUGCAGCUCAACAGCCUUCAGUGCCCCCCCCCCCAACCACAGCCCCCUUAUCCCGGAGUUUCAAGCGCCCCCAGCUGGCAUGGACGGACAAGCUUACCAGCAGUACCAGGCUCCAGGGGGGUACCCCCCUCCACAACCAGGUGCCCCACCUCAACAGUAUGGUAUGCAAUAUCCUGCGGGAUACAGCUCUCAGCCUGGAGCCCCUCAGCCUGGCCCACCACAGCCUCCACAGCAGCAGUUUCAAAACUACGCCCCUCCCUCGUCCCAGGCGCCUGUUCCCGGUCCAGCCCCUACCCCAGGCUUUCAGGGCGGGCAGCAGCCUCAUUCGGCUCAGGGACCACAGCAGUAUCCACCAGGAUCCUUUCCUUCCCAAAGCUAUACCUCUCAAGCCGCACAACCUGCCAACUAUAGCCUGCCCCCCAGCUCCCAGCCCGGCCCGGGGUACCAGCCACGGCCAGCAUACACCCCUCCUCCAGGCAGCACAGUCACCCCUCCACCAGGAGCUGCUAACCCCUAUGCUCGCAACCGCCCCCCUUACGGCCAAGGCUACACUCAGCCUGGUCCGGGAUACCGAUAAAACCAUCAAACCAAUUUUGUUCUCUUUAUAUGUGGCUCCUGCUGGAGCAGUGGUGGUUGGUGUUUGUGUGUUGUCUUAA